AUGAGCGGCCCUGACGAGUGGCUGGAGACCGUGAAGAAGUGCCAGGCGCUGACGGAACCGCAGAUGAAGCAGCUGUGCGAGCUCGUGAAGGAGUUGCUCAUGGAAGAGUCGAACAUCCAGCCCGUGAGGACUCCAGUGACUGUCUGCGGUGACAUCCAUGGCCAGUUCCACGACCUGCUGGAGUUGUUCCGCACGAGUGGUGGGUUCCCUGACGCGGUGAACUACGUGUUCCUUGGGGACUACGUCGACAGAGGGUUCUACUCUUUGGAGACGUUCACUUUGCUUCUGUGUCUCAAGGCGAAGUAUCCGUCGAGGAUCACGCUGGUGCGAGGGAACCACGAGUCCCGACAGAUCACUCAGGUGUACGGUUUCUACGAGGAGUGUCUCAACAAGUACGGCUCGACGACCGUGUGGAAGUACUGUUGCCAAGUGUUCGAUUUCCUCACGCUUGCUGCGAUCAUCGAUGGCCAGAUCCUCUGCGUCCACGGUGGGUUAUCCCCCGAGAUCCGCAUGCUGGACCAGAUCAGAGUGUUGUCCCGUGCACAGGAGGUACCGCAUGAGGGUGGGUUCUCUGACCUGUUGUGGUCGGACCCGGAUAACGUCGAGGCAUGGCAAGUCAGUCCGAGAGGUGCAGGGUGGCUCUUCGGUGCGAAAGUCGCCCGAGAGUUCAACCACGUCAACGGGUUACAACUGAUCGCAAGGGCUCACCAACUGGUCAUGGAGGGGUUCAAGUACCAUUUCCCAGAGAGAGACGUCGUCACCGUCUGGUCAGCUCCAAAUUACUGCUACAGGUGCGGUAACGUCGCCAGUGUCAUGCAAGUGGACGAUGAGUUGGAACCGACUUUCAAGAUAUUCUCCGCAGUACCGGACGACUACGUCCAGGAGAACGGCGGCAUCGUCCCGGCAUCGGGGGGAGGCGACGCCGCGGGCGCUGGGAACCAGAGAGCUGGGUACUUUUUGUAA